AUGUCAGUAAAGGUGAGCAAGGGGUCCCACGACGUAACUCCGAUGUAUGUCCUUAAAAGCACUGUUCGAGACAACUUUGAGCUUCCUACGUCUUCAUCGAUGCUUGGUCGCAGAAUCAUUUCAGGUUCGAAGAGAGUUCACAAGGAGCCUACCAAGAGGCGCAGAUACUCUGAGUCUCGCCCAAAAUUUACUGCUAAUCCAAGCGUAAACAUUGAAACCCAGCCGAUUGUUUGGGAGAAAGCAGAAUCAGAUAUGUUUAACCUUCUUGGACUCAAAGGUGUGAAUAGGAGGACGAACACUUAUGUUGCUGCCUUUAUAUCUUGUUGGUUAUGCACUUUUGUGUUGCCUGACUCUGAAGAGAGGUUGAUUAGACCGAGCACUUUUGAGAUUGCUGUCUUGAUGGCAUGUGGGCACACCUUUAGUCUUGCAGUUCCAGUGCUUUCCAGUAUAUAUCGCGGUCUGAAUGCUAUUGCAAGCGCUCCGAAACCAGCUUAUUCAAAGACCUUCUUCCCAGCACAUUACCUUUAUGGUUGGUUAGCAUAUUAUUUCAACACUCACCAUGACGCCGACCCUGUCCCACCUGGUCCUUGGAUGGUUAUAUAUUCGGGUGCACAAGGAUCAAAAUUCUUUAACGGAGAUGAUGCUCAUAGUCUUAUACAUGCAGGGGCGUCAAUUAACGUUACCUCGUCUUGCGUUCCUGCGACAAGUUUCAUGUUGAACCUUACUCCCCACAUCGAUUUGCACGACAGUUUGGCUAUUGCCAAAUAUUACACUGGCUUACUGCGUCGUGAUGUACAAGAACGGCAGGUGUCUUACUAUGAAGCUUUGCGUUAUUGGACGCUGCUUUUGUUUACGGAAAGCCAGUCUCGUGUUUUUACACCAUGCCAAUCACUAGACUGGAAAAACUUGGUGACAUCUGAAUUUGCUAGCUGGUGGCCUAAAGUGUCUAUUGGGGAUUUGAGGAAGAAUCACCCUGACAACCGCAGUAAUAAACCAACAGCAGAUCGUCAUGGUUCCAUUAAUGGUGCAGACACUAGUGACACAGAAUCCGAUGUCAAUUUUAAACACAAACGUAAUGGGAAGAGGAAGUCAACCUCCCAGGCUCAAGGAGUUGGUGCAUCGAGCUUUACGGAGUUUUUUGAUAACAUACCAAAUUCUCCUUUUCUUCCUACCGAUCUUCAUUUGGACGGUGACAUCGACUUGGAUGCGGGCAUUCAAGACAUUGUAGAUGAUAAUCGGGUUGUAGAGGGCGAUACCCAUCCUCCAACCAGAAAAGGAAAGGAAUUAAGGGUCGCCCAGGAUUCGACGCAUGUGGACCAAGCGAAAGAGACUCAUCCAAUUUGCCUAUCUUCAUCAACUCGUAGUGAACGAUCGAUUCAGGGUCCCCAUUCUCUUGAAGUCGCCUCUAGGGCUUUGGAUAUUCACUCUAACGAUGUGAACGCCUCAGAUGACGCUAUAAAGGGUGAUCACAUUCCUACUACAUCUUCUAACACUUUUUGUCCAGGGCCUAAUUCUUCUACCAUCUUUACCAACGCUAUCAGAAGCAUUGGAGCAGGCUAUCUGACCAUGUUGCAACAAUCGCCUUUUUCUGAGAUUGAGGAAAAAUAUGCGGAAGCUCGCAUGGUGUAUAAAGGCAUACAAAACCUUAAGGGUGACCCACGUCCGCUGAAGCAUAAGGUUGAUUCCUAUUUUUGGUCUGUCAAGACUUAUCUUGCUUUAGAGGCAGAAGUUGCAGGGCGCCAGCGGUCAGAGCAGGUGGAGCAUGACAUGCGUGCUCAGUCAGAGUUGCUGAAACAAGCUGAGUCCGAUUUUGUUAAAGAGCAAGAGAAGCAAAAACUAUUAGAGGAACAUGAUGCAACAGUCACAAAAAGGGUAAGUGAUCUAGAAGCUGAGUUACAAAAAGCUUGUGAGGAGAAAGUUCAUUUAUCUGAUGAGUUGGCGGCUAACAAAACCCGUUUGAUGUCCUAUGAAGAACAAAUAAAGGCUGUGAAACAAACCCUGGAUGAGUUAGCAGCAACACCAUCUUUGAGUACUGAUGAGAUUUCCCAACUCGAACAACAUAGGGUGAACCUUCUCGAACUACAAUCUGCGAUCAAACCCUUUGAGUGGAUGGAUUGA